GAAAACUAUAGCAAGAUGUUCAAACUUACCAUUUGCUUGAUUGCCGCUCUGCUGGUCUGCGCCCAGGCCGAUAACAUCAACAAGAACGCUCAUGUGACAAGUGAGAAGUUCGAUACCCCCGAUGCUGAAGGCAACUAUAACUUUGUCUUCUCGACUAGCAAUGGCAUUAGCCAGCAAGCGUCUGGAAAUGCCGCCGGCGUAGCUGGUGAAUUUGGCUUUGUUUCUCAGGACGGCCAACGAAUCCAGAUUACCUACACCGCUGAUGAAAAUGGUUACCAUCCACAGGGCGAUGCUAUUCCCACACCACACCCAGUCCCAGAAUAUAUCCUGAGGUCGUUGGCUUACAUUGCCUCUCACUCACAACAAAGAUUUUAAGUUAAACUACAACAAUUUUCGUUUACAAACUAUACUCCGCAAUAAACCAAAAGCUAUAGCUUGAUAUUUUUAAUCAAGUGAUGAGC